CCUAUCUGGACAAGCUAAGCUUUAUUGAAACCCCCACGCCAAGCAUUGUGGAGAUUUCGGCGUGGGGGCUUAGCUGCCAACGGGCGGCUCCAUCGUCUCACCCACAUCCCAGUUGACGACCCCACACAUCUCGCUUUCCCGCAGCCCUUCUCGACACUGGAUUGCGCAUAGUGCCGCUGCUGUGUUGCUGUCGGAGACAUCGCGCAUCUCAUCUCUCUUCUUGGCGCCCAUGGCCUGAGCGCUUGAGCUGUGGCUCCUUGAUUACGCCCCGCCCUCUAUCGCGCUCAUUCCUGCUAGGGAGGAUGAGCGCGUUCUUCUAUGGCCACCCAACAGUCACCGAACGGCGGCAGCAGUAGCGGCGGCGCAUACAAACGUGCGAGUCGCAAGGGCGCGCCACGAAAGUUUAGCUGCGAGUAUCCCGGCUGCGACAAGAUCUAUUCGCGAGCUGAGCAUCUCCAACGACACCAGCUGAAUCACACUCCCAAGGAAAUAUUCAAAUGCGAUGUGCCUGGUUGUGAACUGAAGUUUGUGCGCGCUGACCUUCUCGCGCGCCACAAGAAACGUCACUCUUCCUCAUACAUGCCGAGGAACCGACUUCCCAGCUUCGGCUCUUCCAAGGACGGUUGCGACCCUGGACUGCGGAGCGCGGCGCCCGUCUCCUCCCCCGAUGGGGUUGAGCCGCGGGUGCCCCUGCCUGUUCCUCGUGAUGCUGCUAUCCUUCUGACACCAGACUCCACCACCAAUCCCGUGGCCUCUCUCCCAGGCUCAGGCCCCUCGAGGAUUCCUCUGCCAUCGGGCUGGCCGGCUGCCCUCCCUGACCUGGCAGCCGUCAACAUGAUUGCGCCGGCAAAGGCCAGUUACUAUCACCGCGAGCCACACACAUUAUCGGGCCCGCCCCCCGUCAUCGCGUUUGGUGGCAGUCCUUACCCAACUAACCAAUCCAACUUCGCCACCUGGCUGUUCGACCCCCAGGGUCUCUACAGGGACUUCAGUGCAACUCACAUGCCCUUCCUCGAGGGCGGCCUCGAGUCGACGCUCAACAGCAACAUCCACUAUGACUACGAGUCGCUGACCAGUGGCCGGUCUCAGCUGGAGACGCCGCCCCGGCUGGCCGAGAGCGACGAGCUCAUUAGCGAAUUCCGCCGCAAGGAGAUCAUCCGGUGGUUCCAGACCUUCCGCCGGAGGCAGCCGAAGUGGGAGCCCCUCAUCGCCAACCUGACCCACGAGAGCGGCGACGACCUGCCGGCCCUGCACCUGGAAAUGAUGCACGAUUGCCUGCACGAGUUCUGGGAGUCUGUGUCACCGCGCCUGCCAAUUGUCCACCAGCCCACCUUCCCGUGCAAUCGGUGCUCCGUCUUCCUGCUCAUGAUCAUGCUCGCCCUCGGCGCCGCCUCACUCCGAGGCCGAGACUCGACCCGCAACCUCUCCGACUACGGCAACUUUGCCGAUUUCAUCAUCGACUGCGUCCGGUGGGAGAUACUGGUCCAGGAGGAGGCCUCCCCGCCCGUCAGCCUCUGGGUUGCCCAGUCCCUGCUCCUCCUCGAGUUCUACGAGAAGAUGUACUCGUCUCGACGACUGCACGAGCGGGCACACAUCUACCACACGCCGACGCUCACGCUCCUUCGCCGGGGCAGCCCGCUCAUCGGCCGGUCCGGGAGCGAGUCGCCGCCCGAGGAGCACGCCUCGACCGACAGCCUCAACGCCGUCGGGGUCGAUUCGCGGACGGCCUGGACCCGCUGGGCGGACACGGAGGCGAUGCACCGCGUCGUGUUUGCCGCCUUCAUGAUGGAUAUCCUGCACGCCGCCAUGUUCGGGCACGCCGCCGACAUGGCCCCCCACGAGAUCCGCCUCCCUCUGCCCUGCGACGACAACCUCUGGACCGCGCAGACGCCCGAGGCCGCCAGGCAGCUCGAGUCGAACCUGCGCAUGUACGGCAUCAGAUCCGUGUCCUUCCUCGACGGGCUUAAGAAAGCGCUGCACGGGAAGGAGGUAUCGACGCUUUCCUUUGGCCGCAUGAUCAUCAUGUCGGGACUCCUCAGCGUGGGCUGGCACCUCAGCCACCGGGAGACACACCUUAGGUGGCUCAACCUGACGACGCCGUCGACAGAAACCCGGGACAACUGGAAACAGCUCCUCCUCCGGGCCUUUGACAACUGGAAGGAGAGCUUCGACGCCGCCCAGGGCAGCACAGGUAGCCCCAGCCACGGCGCGGCGGCAGGCACCGCCGACGACGGGCGAGCGGCCUCGUCGUCGCCGUCGUUCAACGGGCCGAUCCAGAGCGCCGCGGUGUUAUACCACCUCGCGCACAUCAGCCUACACGUCGACAUCGUCGACUGCCAGGUCUACGCGGGCGCCAAGCGGCUCCUCGGGCGGCGCGUCUCGACGCGGGACCUCGCCAACGUCGCGUCGCGCAUGGAGGCGUGGGCUCGCCUGCCCUCGACCCGCCACGCCGUCCUGCAUGCCUUCAAGCUCCUCCACCGCGUGCUCGUCGACCCGCGCCGGAACCAGCUGCUUGUCCAACACCAGCAGCACCUGCAUCAGCACCAGCACCAACACCAGUACCACCACCCCCACCAACAUCAACACCAUCACGGCCACCACCUGCAUCACCAGCACCAGCACCAGCAGCAACACCACCCGUGGCCCACCGAGCCAGACCCCCACCGCCCCUGGAUCGUCUACUACGCAGCCCUCUGCAUCUGGUCCUUCGUCAUGGCCCUCCGGAAGUCCCCCCCUCCCCACGUCACCGGUGCCCGCGGUGCAGCAGCCCACCACCCGUCCACCGCCGCCGCCGGAGGAGGAGGUGUCGCGGCGUACCUGUCGGCGGUGGCCGGGCUGUCGGAGCUGGGCGAGCCCGUCGCGGCCACGCUGGCGGACGGCCUGGCGGAGCUGCUGGACGCGCUGCGCGGGGUGCUCGCGGGCGCGCACUGGGAGCUGCUGCAGGAGGCGAGGGAGCGGUUGGGGGUGUGUAGGGAUAUGCUUGUGGGAGGGGAGGGUUGAUGGGGGGGAACAGGAAAUGGGUGGUUUUGCCGAAGACUAUGAUGUUAGCAACGCCAGCCUAAAUGUCGGGCUUGACUGGAUGAUUAGAGUCCAUGCCAGUCCGUUUAGCUAAGCUUCAAGGCACCUACAUCGAUUUGACAUUAAAGGUGUUGGGGUGGCGUUCUGGAGGACUUGGAGAUCUUUAGUCAUGAAGGUUCCCAAUAUUUAAGCAUAUUCACCUCUCUGCUUGGGGCAUUAGGGGCUACGUAAACUAGCGACAGAACGGUACCGCGCUC